AUGUCAGCAAAGAGACUACUGACCACUGUCCUCUCAGGACAGACGGAAGCAAGUUUUUCACCGCCGCCACUCGUAAGAAAAUUGAGAAAAAAGGACUACAAAAAACUCUUGACCGCCGAGUUUCGAAAAGAAAAUGAGCGACGCAGGGAGGAAUCCUUGAGAAGGAAGGCACAAGGGAAAAAAGAAAUGAAUAAAGGACAAGACUUGUUGGACCCGAAAGUUUCCAAGACAGGAGCAACUCAUUCAAUUUUACCAACAAGAAUGAGAGAUCGACUACCCAAGUCAACACUUAGGCCUACACCAGUAAAGAAAGUCAAAGAUCCUUCGGAAGAGAGGAUCAUUUUCGUUGAUGGUACAAAGAAAACAGUACCGAUAAUAAAUCAGCCAAAAGCAUCGAAAAGUUACCGAUACAAUGAUAUGAAGAGAUAUCGAGAUGAAUUGAAGCUGAGAAGAUACGAGUUUAAAUUGGAACUGGGAUUGGCAGCAUCUCGUGAUUCUGAUAAGAGGAGUAAGGUUAACUCAGGAGAAACCGCAUCUAGUUUUAAUAAUGAUGAUUUGGAUAGUACUGUAAUAAAUCGAUCGACAGAUUCACAAACAUCCGACGACACAACCAUUUCUAAGGCGCCGGAAGACCUUCUAAGGAAUCAACGAAUGUUGCAUGAGAAGAUGCGAGCAGAACGUGAAGCUCGAUUUAAAAAAAUCAAAGAAACCUCGGAGAUUCUGUCUUUAACUUCAAGUCAACCAUUUACACCAGAAGGGUAUAAAGAUAGAAAAAAGGAGAUCGGAUUGGAUAAGUACGAAGCUUAUCAAUCAAUGAAACGUCAAGAUAGACUAAAUUAUUUAAUAAAUUUAUAUCACAGUGCAUCGGAUUUCGUGACACUAAAUAACUUGGAUGAAAGAAUUGAGGAAGCCUUUAACAAAAAACGAAUUUAUGCAAAUACUUUGGACGAUAUGCGAAUAAAUUAUAAAGAAAUGGGAGGUGUUGGUAUUGAAGAAGUUGAGAAAAGGCUAACUCAGAUCAGUGAUAUAUUAGAAGGAACAUCCCGUGGACGUCCGGGACUAGAUGUGAUUAAAUCAUUUGAUCCGUCCAUUAAACUUAUCGAGGUUGAAACAAAAGAAGAUAAUGAAGUGCAGAGCAUAGAAAUCCAUGAAUCAACAACAAAUUCAUCGUUGGAAGAAGAGGGGAUGGAUAAAUAG